AUGUCUUCCAACGAACACGAAGCUCAACUUCUCGGCCUCGGAACGCCCUGCUCAUACCCUCACUGCUCUCUCCUCGACUUCCUUCCAUUCAAAUGUCCACACUGUCCAGGCAGCCCUACCUUCUGCUCGGAGCACUUCCAUCCACACUGCACUACCGCACACGCUCACCUGGACCGUGUAGCACCAAAUUGCCCUCUGUGCAGCGUUCCCGUCGCGAUUCCGCCCGGGGAGGACCCGAACGUGCGCAUGGAGAGACACAUCAGCCGUUUCUGUGAGGUGAUGAAUGCUAGUGGUAGACAGCAGGGAAAGGGCGGUAGCAAGAUAUGUGCCAGGGGAAAGUGCGGUAAGGUACUAUUUGCGCCCAUCGGGUGUGAUAAAUGCCACAAGGAGUUCUGCCCCCAGCACCGUUUCCCAAAUGAUCAUAGCUGUCCGUCGCUUGCUUCACACCGGCCGAACACCAGUUCCACCUCAAAGCCAUCUAUCAGACAGAAUCCUGUUGCAGCCACUCCCAGCUCAUCCUCAGCCAAAUCUGCGCCUACGGCCUUAACCAUACCCGCCCCUUCAUCCAAACCGACACCAGCACGAUCCCUUUCCAAGUUUUCCAUCCCAGUCUCCGUCUCUGUCCCAGAUGUAUUCUCCAAGUCUGAUCGACGCGCAAAGGAGGAGCGUGCGAGCAGACACAAAGCCAUGACAGAGCGUGCCAAGAGGGGUCUUCUCACAGAAGAAGAGAAGCUCAUCCUCGCGGAAGAAGAGGCAGCACGCGCGCAGCGAGUCAGAAAGGACAAAGAGUGUCAUGUCAUGUAG